UGGGUUCUAUUUUAAUCGGAUUGCAACGUGCACUGCGCUGAGGACGUAGGAAACAAACACUAAAAUGACUACUUAUACUGACAAAGGAGAGAAGCCAGAAGUUGGUUCUUUUGUUGCCUUCGAUCACAUCACAUUUUGGGUCGGAAAUGCCAAGCAGGCUGCCUCAUAUUAUUGUAACAAAAUGGGAUUUGAACCAUUUGGGUAUAAGGGACUGGAAACAGGAUCAAGAGAGGUGGUAUCGCAUGCGGUCAAACAGGACAAGAUCAUAUUUGUUUUCAAGUCACCUCUUAAUCCUUCAGGAAAGAUAUCAGAAGUGAUGGGAAAACACCUGAUUGUACAUGGUGAUGGAGUGAAGGAUGUUGCUUUUGAAGUGGAGGACUGUAUUGCUCUUUACAAGGCUGCCAUUAAGCGUGGUGCAGUGUCUGUUCAUGAGCCAUGGGAUGAAACAGAUGAAGAUGGCACUGUGACUUUUGCAACUGUGCAGACAUAUGGUGACACAACACACACAUUUGUUGAAAGAAAGGGAUUCAGUGGUCUCUUUCUACCCGGGUACAAGCCUCCAAUCACCAAAGAUUGCCUUCUACCCAAACUACCACCAGGCCUUCUUUGUUUUAUUGAUCAUGUUGUUGGUAACCAGCCAGAGGAUGGUAUGGUGUCCACUGCUGAAUGGUAUGAGAAGAAUUUACAGUUUCACAGGUUUUGGUCUGUUGAUGAUAAACAGAUUAAUACAGAGUACAGUGCACUUCGAUCAAUUGUGGUCACAAACUGGGAAGAGACAAUUAAGUUGCCUAUCAAUGAACCAGCCCCAGGAAAAAGAAAGAGCCAGAUACAGGAGUAUGUCGACUUCUACGGAACAGCAGGAGUUCAACACAUUGCACUCAACACAUCUGAUAUCAUCUCUACUAUAAAGAAUCUAAAGGAGAGAGGCAUGGAUUUUCUCGUUAUUCCUGAUACAUAUUAUGAAAAUCUUCGUGCACGUCUUAAGGAUGCACCCAUUAAGGUGGAGGAAGACCUGGAUGUGCUUCAAGAUCUGAAGAUUUUGGUCGAUUUUGAUGACAAAGGUUACCUGCUGCAGAUUUUCACAAAACCAAUGCAAGACAGACCAACGCUCUUCUUAGAAGUCAUACAGAGGCGCAAUCACCAGGGCUUUGGAGCCGGUAACUUCAAGUCGCUUUUUGAAGCCAUAGAGUUGGAUCAAGAACAAAGGGGAAAUCUCAACUAAACCAGUCAACAGAUGCAUUAGUAUCUUAUAUCAUACUUGGCUUUGGCUUAGCUCUUAAAUUGCUUUUAUCAUACGAAACAAACCUACAUGUAGAAGGUAUUUUCUCAAAAGAAACUAUACCUUGAUCAAAAGAUAACCGACUUAGUGGGGAGAAAAGGCUAACGAGAUUAAUCGUUUCUCGGAUAAAUUAAUAAUUGAGUGUGGUUGGGUUUUUGGAUUACUUACGCGCCUUUUAGGCGGACGUGCGCGCAUUUUAGAACGAUAUGAGUAAUUUCUAGGUGUCCUUGCAUGUGCAAAGAAUAUGCAAUUAUUAAAAACGGCAUUUUGUCAAUAAAAAGUCGUGAAAUUUUGGGACCUGAAUUAUUUAUGGAGAAAUUAAGCAAGACUUUGGGUGAAGCUUUACCUGUAAGCAACCAUUGAGCUUUCGUAACUAAAAUACCUCAGGGGAUUAAGUUAUUGUGCUGUAGAGCAGUAAACAUCAAUCGAACGAUUAAACUCAUGUUUACUACAA